UCCUAUAUUGCUGAGACUCAUUUUCACGGUCGUUUCCCGUUAGAAAACACUGAAGGCCAAGUUUUAUUUUUUUAUGGGAAUAAUUACAUAAUAGGAGUGCCUUGUUUCGUGAUACCCGGUCAAGCCCACCAAUCAACUUUACGACAUGACUGUUUAUAGUAAAUGCAAAGUACUUUUCAGGAAGUAUCCUCUAUUACGAGGAAUGGCAUCAUAUAGUAUUAUCUGGCCUACAUCCAGCCUUAUACAGCAAACGUUCGAGGGCAAGGAUUUAGAAACCUAUGAUUGGUGGAGGUGUGCUCGCUAUGGACUCUAUGGGUCUUGCUAUGUUGCACCUACACUGUACACUUGGUUGACAGUUGCCAGCAUAAUGUGGCCUGGAAAUACUAUUAGAGCUGGCAUUAUCAAGACUUUUGUGGAAACUAUCACAUACACACCAUGUGCAAUGUGCAGCUUUUAUUUUGGAAUGAGUCUUUUGGAAAUGAAGCCUCUGAACGAAGCUGUAGCAGAAGUACAAUCAAAAUUCUGGCCUACAUAUAAGGUUGGAGCAUCAGUUUGGCCCGCGGUAGCCAUGAUCAACUUCUGCCUCAUCCCCGCCAGGAAUAGGGUGCCCUUCAUCAGCCUCUGCAGCCUGGUAUGGACCUGCUUCUUGGCUUACAUGAAGCAUUUAGAGAAGGAAAAAGUUCCCGACAGUGUGUUACCAACACCAAAAAUCCUUAAAAUUCAUAUAUAAUACAGGUUUCAAUUAAUAGGAAUAUUAACCACCUGUGCCUUAAAAGGAUGCAGCUAUAGCUAGAUCAAUUGUAGUGUAAGCAUAAUGAUGAGUGUGAUAUAAUUUAUUUAUUUAUUAUUGAGAUUGAUAUGAAUACUAGUAUUAACCUGUAUUUAUGACAAGUAUUAAUCUUUGUAUUACUAUGAAUAUUGUUACAGAUGGAAUUGUUAUCACUAUUACAUGUAUAGGAUACUGUUGGGUAUCUGUGAUAUUUUUAUAUUAUUUAUUUUAGAUUUACAUAAAUAUACUGGGAUCUGAUGUACACUGUAAAUUUUAAAUUCAUUUACAUGUUUAACAUGUAUAAUAAAGUAUAUUAUUGUUGAAAAUAGUAUUCUUUAUUGGUAUUUUUAAUUUAGUAUUCGUGAGUUUCGUGACUAAGCUAUUAAUUCUAAAAACUAUUACAUCAUCACAGAAAAUGGACGAAGGAAUAUUAUUGUACAUCCUACUAGUUGCUACUAGGUCCAUUUUGUCGCUUAUAAUAUGGACGAGAUUUGCUUGCAUCUUUAAACAAAUUUAAAAAAACCGUCUGUAUGGCAAUAUUACAAAGUGCAAUGGUUUUUUGUUGGCCGCUGACACAUUUUAAAAUGUUAUGAUUGUUAUGAAUUUAUCAUAAAAGUUUGAAUUAAGUUAGUUAUUUAAACUAAGGGUAAAAUAAAAUGUUUAUAUUCUGAGACUACUAUCUUGUGACACGGCCACGGGUAAACAGCGCUUGUGACAAAAUUGGUCGAUUUUGUUCAGCCAGUCACACAACACGUGCUUAGUUAACACAAGUACAUGGUGGCUGCUUAAAGUACACGUGUCUCCCGAUUAUGCCAGAUAUAUUAAGCGAAGUUUGGCAACGUUAAUGCCACUUGCGCCUCAUUGUCUGUCGCCGCUGCCAACUAUUGAAUAAGUGGGUUUGGAAGCUAUUCCUUCAAUGUUAAAUUUAUAAAUAAAAUGUACAAGUGUUUAUUUAA